AUGAAUGAAGAGGAGUUGGACCAUCUCUACAACACUCUAAUAUUACAAUUGAAUGAAGGAGACUUGGCCGAACUAUUCAACCUACAUGAUCCUGUGGAGAGACAGAUUGCCGAGACAAUCAAAGAAGAUCGUGGCAACGCUUCAUUAAAAUCAAGCCUUACAUCAUCUGUUGGAAGAGCAACAUCGCCUGAGAUGAUGUCAAUGAAGACACCUGCUGCUCCCGCUGCAUCGCCUCCCAUCGCCGCCACAACGUCACCAUUACCCUCGCCGCCAUUAUAUACACCAGAGGAUAUGAAUGCAGCCGACAGACUACUGGCAUCUUGGAUCCGUACCGGCUUAUCUUUGAUGACAUUUGGAAUUGGAGUCGGUUCCAAGAUGGUCACAUCACAGAACUCAAUCACAUUUGUCACGUCAUUGGUAUUCUUUGGCACUGGCAUUGUAUGUGUUCUUUGGGGUUUACUAAAGAACUACUAUGUCACCUAUUAUCUAUUACGAGGCUACUACCUACCCAGCACACUCAGUAUCUUCAUCAUUCUCCUACUAUCUUUGUUGGUAACAGGUGUCAGCUACUGGGCUGUUGUAACAGACUUUGACGGAGGACCAAUCAUUCCCAUUCCGACUUGA